CCGCUCUGUCCAUUGUUCUGGGAGCGCAAACCAUGCCGUUUGGCCAAGUCGUGUUAGGGCCUCCAGGCAGUGGGAAGACAACGUAUUGCAAUGGCAUGCAGCAGUUUCUGGAAGCAUCCGGGCGGAAAGUAGCGGUGGUGAACAUGGACCCAGCCAACGAACAACUUCCAUACGUGGCCAACAUUGACAUCUCGGAACUCGUGUGCCUCGAAAACGUCAUGGACGAGCUGCACCUAGGUCCAAACGGAGGACUGGUGUAUUGCAUGAACUUCAUCGAUCAAAACUUCGACUGGUUGGCCGAGCGCCUCGAUGCAUUGCCAGAUUCCACGUACGUCUUGUUUGACUUUCCCGGCCAAGUGGAACUGUACACGCAUGAAGAAAGCGUGCAUAACAUUGUCCAGAAGCUCGAGAAGCGCCUGGAAUACCGCGUGUCGGUGGUGCACUUGGUGGACGCGCAUCAUUGCACCGACAGCGCCAAGUUCAUCUCGGUGGUGCUCCUGAGUUUGUCGUCCAUGGUGCGACUCGAAUUGCCCCACAUCAAUAUCCUUUCGAAAAUGGAUUUGAUCCAGCAAUAUGGCCACUUGUCUUUCAAUCUCGAGUUCUACACAGACGUGUUGGACCUGCGGUACCUCCUGGACCGCCUCGAAGCCCAAGACUAUGGCGAUACCUACGACGACAUUGAAGACGAAGACGCGCUGCAGCCGCCGCCCGCCGUAGCCGCGCGGAAAUUGAAAGUGCGCGAGCGGUUUCGCAAGAUGCACGAAGUGCUCAUCGAAGUGAUCGAAGACUUUUCGCUCGUGAGCUUCCUGCCGCUGCAGAUCGAGGACGUGGACAGUUUGCAGAAAGUCGUGAAUGCAAUCGACAAAUCCAACGGGUAUGUGUAUGAAGGCAAGGCCGCGCAAGUGAUCUCAGGGGACCGCGACUUCCAGUCCGAGCGGAUUGGAGAUAUGGAGGAACGAUAUGUUCGGCAAUGAUAACACGUUUAGUAUCCACAAGUUUACUUGCAAAAAAGGGAGGCAGUGUCUCACUUGUGGUGCUUUG